AUGACCACCAGCGAAUUGUCCGAUGCUCUCAAUCCGUAUGCUGCACAACGGCCACGGCCAAUACCUGAAUAUUUAACUCCUACAAUUCAAUACCCAACCCAUCUUCAGUCUCCAAUUCAAUCAUAUUCACCCCAACAACAUCCAUUUCACAGUGCAGUUCAACCUGCUCAUUUCCCCCAGACCUUCGUUCCACAUAGAAGCGAACUAGAGCUUGCCGUUUCUGAGCCUGUAAUAAAUCCUCCUCAGCCUUUGUCUGGGCCAGGAGAAGGUGGGCAUGUGAUCCAAGAAUUAUUCAGAAUGGUCUCCUCCACGCGGGAAGCUCAAGAGAUCGAACGCAAGCGGAGGUUGGCCUGGGAGCAAGAGCAAGAGGCCAAAUACGCUCAGCGACAAGCUCAGACGGAACGAGAGCUCUUUGACAUGCGGCAGGAGAUGGAAUUAUUUCGUUCCAAUAUCAAGGACCUCCGGAAUUCUCAGAGAUCUGGCGUUCUUACAUCUCACUGCACGUCACCCGUUUCAUCUGAGCAACGAUCUCAUCAACCAGUGUCGCCAGUGUCCCCUGUUCUGCAAACCGCGACGCACGCAAACCAAGUAUUCGUUCAAGGAUCGUCAAGCGAUCCCCUGUCUGCCCAACCAAGUUAUUAUCACGCUCAUCAGUUUGAAACGACCCAGGAUCGCCACCCACAAGAAUUUGUUCCUUCGUCACAAUCCAUCACUCCGACACCAUCGCCCCAGUUAACACUUGUGGAGGCUUCCCGCCAAUUUCCUGAGAAUAACACCUCGCGUCGUAAAAGCAGAAAACGUCAAAAUUCUGAGUUAUCCGGCUCUACCGAUAGUAGCAGUUCAGAAUCUUCGGGACAAAGUCAGAGCCGACCACAGAGGCGCAUCAACCACCAUGACAAGCGAUGUCUUACCAUCAAUCAUGCAAUGCGGGCACAUUUUCUAAGGUUGAUGCAACUGGAGACCGACAAGGAUCUACCAGACUCCCACACAGAGGGCGUCGUUCUCGUCGAUUCCGAUCCUGUACGGUUUGUAUGGGAUAAGACGACGAAGCAAUCCGUUCACAACGCGCGCAUGAAAGCCCGUAUAAUUGCUGACAUCAAGGACGAACGCGGUCGUUAUAAACACGUUUCUACCAAAGAUUUUAACAAAAAGACAUUGGAAACAGUGUUUGAGCAAUGUUUUACAACGUUCAGGCAGAAGUUCAGGGCGCAAAGAGAUACAUUAACUGCUUUAAACCAGAAGAACCGCGAGGAUGCUAAGGCUCGAAAAUCAAGACAUGUGUCUCGGCGGAAAGUCAAAUUGAAUAAUCGUGCAGAAGCUCGUAUGAAGCUCCCGACCCUCGAGCAUGUGACGUUCGAUGGUGCUCUUCAGAUAGAAUGCAUGUCGUCGGAGGAAUCAGAUGUCGAACAAGAUCCUUCGGGGACACCUUCUCUCUUGUUACGGACGCAUGGAUAUGCCUGGCGGAGCACACGACUAUUGCGGUUUUACCAUAUUCUCGAUGAAGAGGAACAAAAUGACAAAAGUUCAAAACCCAAGCGAGGGGUUGGCAAGAAGGAGCGUUUCGUUGGACCAACAAAAGAGGGAUUUCACCUUCCACCAAAGGGUGUAGCGACUUGGAUGAUCAGUCGGCGUUGGAUUCAUUCCGCUCAGGUCAAGCACCCCGACUUGCAUGAAGCGUUGAAGAACCUUGUCAUUGACCCUGAGGGCUUUGACUGGAAUCGAUUUGAUUUGCUUGGCCAUGAAAGUGAGGUUGAGGGAGACAUGCAGACCUUCGGCUCACACGUCCAUAACCUCGCCAUGCAUCAACAGCUUUACACGAGUAGUAGUUCUUCACUUAAUUUUGCACUGGCGUAA